CUGCGCUGAUUGGCUAGUAGUGGGAUCCGGGUUCCCGGAUGCGGGCACGUCCAGCGGUUAUAAAGCGCUCGCGGAAGGCGGGAGCGGGCGCAGUUUGAAUCGCGGUGGGUGCGGGAGAAGUGGUGUUAGGUAGGCUCGGUGUGUGUGUGUGGGACGCUCGUUUUCUCCUAUCCCCGUGUGGCGCUGCAGCAGAACUCACAAUGGCUGGCGGUAAAGCUGGGAAAGACUCUGGAAAGACCAAGACGAAGGCAGUGUCCCGCUCACAGAGAGCUGGUCUGCAGUUCCCUGUUGGCCGCAUCCACCGACACUUGAAAUCUAGGACUACCAGCCAUGGACGUGUGGGAGCCACAGCUGCUGUAUACAGUGCUGCCAUCCUGGAGUACCUGACAGCUGAGGUUCUUGAGCUGGCAGGAAAUGCAUCCAAAGACUUAAAAGUGAAGCGUAUCACUCCCCGUCACUUGCAGCUUGCAAUAAGAGGAGAUGAAGAAUUGGACUCUCUCAUUAAAGCAACAAUUGCUGGUGGUGGUGUAAUACCACAUAUCCACAAAUCUCUUAUUGGAAAGAAAGGACAACAGAAAACGGUCUAAAGGAUACCAGUAUUCCUUGUUAUCUCAGGACUCUUACUACUUAACAGUUGUCCAGUGUUGGUGAUUCCAGUGGACUGUAUCUGUGAAACACAGUUUUGCCUUUUAUAACUUUGAGAAGCUAAAGCUCACUGAGCAUUCUAACAAACCAAAUUUCUGCAUUGAAGUCUUAACCAUAUUUAAGUGUUACCAUGGCUUCAAAGAAGCUGUAUCUGUAGGGGUUUUUGAUUGAGGUGACUGUUUUUAGAUCUGUUUGAUUUUAAUGUGAAGCAGAAGUUGAAGAAAUGUUUGGUUUUGUACAGACUCUUCAUCCACUGGAGUGGAAGUAUUCAAUAAACGUUAUAUCAAUACUA